AUGCCAGAAUCAGACUCUAUCCCCGGCACAAUCCAUCUGGUGGACGUCCAGUGCAAUUUGCGCGUUCGCCAUGCAGGUGGUGGCGAGGACGACAUCGUCUUGGAUCCAGCACCAUCUGAUGAUCCCAACGAUCCUCUCAACUGGAUGCCUCGGCGCAAGCUUCUAUCGCUGGUAUGCCAAAACUUUGCCUAUGUGUCGAGCAAUGUGGAAUGGAUUGCCAAAUGCAUCAUCCAAGGCUUCUUUGUCGCACCCAUUGAAUCCCUCCCCGAGAUAUCUGUCACCGACAUCUACUUCACCCACCAACGCGGCACCUAUAUCGGCAUCUACGCCCUCGCCCUCGCAGGAAGCAACUACUUUGCGCCCGUCAUUAGCGGCUUCAUCGCUGAGUACCAAGGCUGGCAAUGGGUCGUCUACUGGCCCGCCAUUUUCCUCUCCGUUGUCUUUGUGUUCUUGUUCCUCUUCAUGGAAGAGACCAACUACAUCCGCGUCGCGCGCGACAUCAACCGUCCCCAGAUCGAAACCACUCGAGCAAGCGACGAGAAUACUAGCAAGACUGGCGAGAAAGAGGCGGAAGGCGGAAACCAAGAAGUUAAAGAGGCUGAUGAGACGGCCCAAGAGUACGCCAAACCCAAGACAUUUGUGCAGAAGAUGUCCCUUUGGCAUCCAUUUCCCGGUCAGAGCAUGGCACGACAUGCUGGGCGCUCAAUCGAGUACCUUUCGUGGCCCGUCAUCUUCUUCGCUGGCUUCUCCUACGGCUCGUACCUCAUUUGGUUCAACCCAUCCAUGGUCGGCCUCAGCUACCUUUCCUGCUGCAUCGGUACCAUUAUCGCUUUCGCUGUCGCAGGACGUAUGAGCGACUGGCUGACCGUCAAACUUGCGCGUCGCAACAAUGGUAUCAUGGAAGCUGAGCAUCGUCUGUGGCCGCUCGCCAUUUGUGUUGUCGGUGUUCCUGCAUCUCUGAUCCUUUGGGGCGUUGGAGCGCAGCAUGGUGUGCACUGGUUUGGUCUGAUCUUUGCCAUGUGCGCUCUGUCGACCACAAGUGUGAUAGGCUUGAUCAUCAGCAUCAACUACUUGAUUGAUAGCUACUAUGAUAUUAGUGGUGAUGCUAUCACGACCAUUAUUCUGGUUCGAAACACAAUGUCUUUCGCAAUUAGCUAUGGCAUCACACCAUGGAUCACCAACUUGGGUUACCAGAAUUGCUUCGUCUCUGCUGCAUUUGUCGCUUUAGCUGCUUGUUCUGCCGUAUUUGUUAUCAUCAAGUACGGUAAAGCGCUGCGUGUUCGCACUGCAUCGAGGUACCACAAAUUGGUUGCAGAUGACAAGAGAGUCAUGGGCGUGGCUUAG